AUGUCGUCGUCUUCAUCUUCUGCUAUUUCUUCUGUUUUGGGACUCAAAACUGAUUUGGAAAAGAAGAGAGCUGAGGUCCAGAAUCUCAAAGAGAAAUUGAAGAAGGUCCAGCUGGAAGAAUCGAUACUCAAUCAGAAAUUGGAUAUAGGGGAAUUUGAAAAAAUAGAGAUUUACAACGAUUUAGUGAAGAAUGAGAAAGAGAUGAAAGCUAAAAAUAUGCGAAUUGACGAACUGAAAUCCCACAUUCGUUCCGCGGAGAAACUGUUUAAGAAGCAGCAGAAAGAGAUCGAUAUGCUCCGUGCAGCUCAGGAACAGAAGAAGGAAAAUCAGAAACUCUGCAGCUACGGCGAGUCCUGUUGGAGAUUCGUUCAAAAUAUCGAGAAGAAUGAGAAUAGUAUUUUGUAG